CGACAUCCAGCGUUCAUAGUACACAACUUAUUCACACCUAUUUCCACACUGGCCCACGCAAACAUAACGUGUUUUCAGUCACUGAUGCUCACAUUGAGCCGAAAUGUUGUGUUCUUAGUUUACACGGUGAUGAAGUGAAUUCCGCUGGGCCCGUGUUUUAAAUAAAUAUAUAUAUAUACAAAAUAAAUUCCAUGAAGGUCGUCCCGGAAGUUUUAACAACGUGUAAAUAUUUAUUAAAACUUUAACCGCAGUUAAACAUAUGGAAUCUGAAUUGUCACCAGAUCAAGAGAAAGACACACCGCCCGUGCCGAUUAAAACGUACCAAUGGGAAGAUUUAAAAAGAGCUCGUGAAGUUGGCGCUUACCCCUGGACUCAUUUACUGAAGCCGCCACUCGAGGGCGAAGUUACCGCUGAGGAUAUAAUAAGGGAGACUACUCCCAGAAGAAGUAUGUCACGAGAGUUUUCAAGGUCGCGAACGCAUUCGCCAGUUGACAGUGACAUUCAGAAAAUUCUAAACCUUGACUCUUCACCGGGAAGCAGCCGAAAACAUGGCGAUGAAGGUGAGGACGAAGGGGUUCACAUCCCUAAUUUUUCUAAAGAAGUGUCUCUGGAUGAAGAAGACAUUCCUGGCCCGGUUUUAAGCACUUACAUUGUGCAAAGGCCAGAGAGUCAGAGUAGUGUACAAUUAAUGUCACCUGUAGAAAUUCCUAAAUUAAAUGUUUCUCCGAAGGGAAUAUUGAAACGCCGAGUACCAGAUCAAUACAUAGGUGUAACUGAAACACGUGAAAAAACGAAGUGUUGCCAUCCUCUUGUUAACAAAAUAAAGCACUUAGCAGACAAAACAUUACACAAAUUAGAUAGGAGUGAUUUAGAAAAAUCCCCUCUCUCCAAACGAAAGAAGAAUGAAAAUACACAAGAGAUAAGACAGUUAAGGCAUUCUCCGGGAGCCGUCAGAAGACAAAAAUUCAGCGCAAUGAAACUAGGUGAUUCUGAUGAAAUGAGCAAAACGAUGAGUAUUGACACACCGCCACCUAGAAAAAAAAAAGAACAUAUUUAUGAAGAUAUUGAAGAAUCAAAACAAGACAACGAAAAGUCGCUACACUUUUCUAAGGACGUAGACAAGCAAAUUUCUACCAAGGCCGACGAUGAAAGUAAAAGCGUAAGCAAUAAAGAAAACGAUAGCAUUGCCGAAAAGAAAUCAAUCGCUUCGCUAGAUCCGAGCUUAAUAACGGAUAAUGUUUCGUUAAAAUCGGGUGAACGCGUCAUGGAAAAACUACAUAAACAAGACGAAAAAAAUAAAGAAGCAGUUCUUUUAGAUGAGGAGAUGGAUCCAGACGAACCGAAUGUCGACGAAAUAUUUCAAAAUCAACUCGACGAAACCAGAAGAAACAAUGAGUCCCCCAAUAUAACUAUAACAGAAAUUACAGACGACGAUGUAGAUGGUAGCGGAGAUUCAGGACAUCAUGUAGCGGCUCCAAUCGAAACGUCGCCAAGCCCCAGCCCGCAAUGUAACGUAAAGGACAAGGACAUCAAAUUUAUCAACAGGAAAUGGUCUAAACAAAGCAGUGAUCACGAAUACGAAAUUAUAGAAAAGCCGCCACCAAAUAUCGUUUACACUGCACCGAGCGUGGAUGAAGCUUCACCGCGAACUAAAGUCGAUGAUGAUUUGUCGAGUACAACUUCGCUGGAAAGAAAGCUUUUGCAACACACGUCCGACGAAGACGAACCACCUGACGACAAGGACAGUGCACACGAAGAUACACACGAAAAUAUUUUAAACGCCGAAGCUUUACAACGAGACAUUGAAGACAGAUUCUUCGUCAACACACCUUCAACAAUGUCUCGAACAGAAUGUGAAAUAAGUACAAGUCAAGUGGAUUCGUCCGCUUUAGAACAAUUACCGUUAAAAAGGGAUAGCCGCUCGAAAAAUCCUGAUAGUUCUGAUAGCAAACUACAGCAACGCUUUAGAGAAAGCACUGGUAAAUUAAAAACUCAAGCAGGAAAAUUAAAAACAAAGUUACAAAAUAUGAAAACAAAUCGCAUGUCUAUGCCUGAAAGACCUAGAUUUAGUCUACCCGAGCGAUCCAAAGUUAAAACGCCUGAUAAACCAAAAAUGUCACUACCGGAUCGACCAAAGCUUACGCCAGAUAAAAGAAAGUUUAAAUUACCUGAACGCCCAAAAUUAAAAAAAUUCAACAUUACCUUACCUGACCGACCUAAGUUCAAUGUUCCGGAUCUAUCGAAAUUUAAAAUGCCUGACCGACCAAAAAUUAAUUUUCCUAGUUUAGGACGGAAAAAGGAUAAAAUCGAAACUUCGAGCUCAACAACGGAUGUAGCUAACGUAGCAACAGUAGAUUUCGAAGCUAAAACUUACCCUAGACUAUUCAAUAGAAAGAAAAAGUCUGAACUUCAAAAAACAUCAUCCUCUCCCACAUUGAACCGGGACGACACUCCCCCUCUGAUGUUCACAUUUAACUUCAUGAAGAAAAGCAAAGAAGACCCAGGAAAGUAUGUACCCGAGAGCCCUGAGGAACUAAGAGAGUACGGAGUUAAUAAUGAUGACAAUCAAUUUAAUACGGAUAUCAAUAACAGAAGAAGGUAUGAGACUACAUACGAUUUUGACAAAGUCGACACAGAAUACAUGGACGAGGAACAGGAAGAAACGAAUUUAGAGAUACAUAACACUUCAUCUUCUCCAGAUAUAUCACCGUCUAAACAAGAAUACACACCAGUCAUAACCGAAAUAAACAAUGACGAAUUUUUCGUACGACCGAGAGGGAUUUCUCGUGAAAACAUUCAAGUAAGGGAAUACUUGAGCGACGAGACGCGCCAAGCGUUUCAGAAUCCGAAAAACGUUUUGGCUUUGAUGGGAAGCAGUACGGAGGUCAAUCAUGACAAUUUGUAUAUGAAUGACGUCGAAUCAGAGUUUAUAGACGAAAACGAAAUGAUGAGGUAUUCAAGUGAAGAUCUCAACGACAAAGACGACGGAUACUACACAUUCCCCCCAGUGAGACCAUCACGAGCUAAACGAAAGAAAGAAAGGAAAGAAGAAGAGCCCACUCCAUAUAUUGACGAAAGCGCCAAUGCUAGCUUACAGUUCAGCGAGGUGGAUCUCGAUAUGCGAGUUGAUAACGUCGAAGGUAAGCUGAAUGGUGCAAUGUCAAGUGAGAGCUUCGAGACAAAUAAGUUAGAUGUCAACAGGUUAGACUUCACUCCAGCCACAGAUUUACAUUCGAUCCACGAGUACGCUAACGACGAGGUCAUACAGUAUCCGGAAAACAUUCCGAUUCAAUCACAGACCCUGCCUAUGCCGCCCAAGAGGAGGAAGAAGUUUGGCAAAAAGGACAUUGCUCAUUCGUCAUUGAAUGACUUCAAAAACGUUUCCAGUGCCAGGUUGUGGGAAGAUCCGCAGGAACAACACACCGAAGAUAUAAUUGUGUAUCGCACUGAACACGAAUACGUCAUACCUCCGAGCGAGAACAUUGUUACCGAACACAGCCCCGUUCCGCCUCGAAGGAAUCGCUCUCAGAGCUCUCGCGCGACCUCCCUGUGCGAUGACGACAGAACAUCUCACGGCGCCGAAUCUCUUACCCUCGACACCCACAUGGCUCUGCACGAUGACGUCGAUGGACGCGACCUCCGGCAUGAGAGCCCCGGUUACGCGACGGUCGACAAAGUACCCUACACUCCUAGUAAAGGCCUAAGACGGUCUGUUAGUGCUACGCCACCCGUGAGACGCCGUAAGAGCAACAGUUCGGAACGAAAGUAUUACACGGUCGGACCUAGCAAAGCGGGUCCCGAUCGACCUCCGCGAAAGAAGUCCUCGACUAGCUUAAUGACUCUAGGCAGCUACACAAAACGAUCGGUCAGCAGUGACAUUACUCAGUACGUGGAAAUUGAUGACGCGUUCGAAAUGAACAAGGAUCUGAAGUCAGGGGAGAUAAUUAAUAAAAUGAAAGAUAGACCUCUCCCUCCGCCACCGAGACCGCCGAGAGGAUCGAGACGCAAGAAGAAAACCAGAAAUUAUGGUGAAGGAGAUCCUACUACCGAAUCGGAAAGGAAUGUAGAAGCAGAAUUUGAUAACCAAGAGGAGAUAAAAAAGAAUGAAGACAUUGUCGAAAUAGAAGUUUCCACGCAGACAGAUCCUUUACCAGACGACGUCGAUUUUGAAUUGGACGAAAAUCUAGACAUUUCUAUGUCAAGCUCAUUACGAGAUAUAGUUGAUGAAGAUUCUUUAAUGACCAGAAGCCAUCCUAGACUAACAGAGAGCCCACGCACGUCUCGACCUACAUCAAGAUCAGAAAAAUCAUUAAAAUUUUCCGAUCCAAAAAUAUCUGAAUUGUCAAAACCUCAUAUUGGUCGAACAUCACCAACGGUCAUUUUGGUCGAAAAACGAGUCUCGAGUCCUACCAGAAUCAAUGAGCGUGAUGUUAUGUUAACUGAAGCCUCUUUAACAGUUCAGCCCAUAGAUAUUGAUGAAACACAAAUACCUGACGUUCCUCCUUUGCCCCGAUCAAAAGGAAUCUCAGGUACAAUUCAGGGUUCUAAAAAUAGUACGCCAUUAUGUCAGGGGCAAGCGGUCGAACGUGUUGCUGACGCAACCAGAGAUGUACAGUUAGAUAAUUUAGUUACUCAACGACUUCAGGUGAGAGACUUAGACGUCGGACGUCUUAAUGUUUCCGAGCUCCAGGCAAACAAAAUCUUGGUCUCGGAUAUCGAAGGCAUGACUUUACAGGUAUCUGAGCUUGAUUCCAAAUCUGGUCACAUAUCGGUGAGCGGUAUCGAGUUUUCUCAAUCUGUGAUUGACGAAAUCGUCAAAAAAUUCGCUGAAAUAUCAACCGGUCACGGGCCAUCUCAAAACGAACUUGUUGUCGAACGGUCUCGUCCUGUUAGUCACGAGGAACAAACUCAAACAGAGGAAAUUAAAGAAACGAAGGAGAAAAUCAAACAAACUGUUGAAGAAGAAGCACCGGCGAGGCCAUCUCCACCACAGAGACUUGGAAGCUCAGAUGACGGCGCUGCACCACCUCUGCGACCACCUCCUCCAGACCUAACGCCCCUAUUGUAUUCAUAUCUUCAAGACUUAAGUAUACCACCAGCGUCGCUUGCCCCUCAGCGGCCACUACGAGAACGACAUUUUCCAGAAUUCCAUGAACCUCAGCAUCAGACCCCGCCACCUCCUGCUCGUCGAGCAAAGCGGAAACCGACUGCCCCCCAUACAGAGUCCAGCUCUGAUGACGGUCGUCUUCGACCUUCACCGCGACGCAUGCCUCCCCCCGUCCGCACCCACGAAACCUCUAUAGCAGAAGCCGGUGUAAAUUUUUUGAGAGUGUGUCAGAGUUCAAUCAGUAGGACGCUGAGGAAUGUAUUUAAUUCGUUCAUGGCUUACAUUAACCGUACAGAGGAUAAAAGGGAUGCCCAAAUGGCAUUGGUAAUAUUCUUAGUUCUGAUCGCAGGUUUGAUAAUGUUCGGUCUGAGCGAUAGUAAAACAAUACAUCAUCAUCAUUGGGAAUUCUUCAAUCCUCCGGACGGUAAGCCUUGAAUUCAUAAUAAAAAAAUAGUGAAUGCAGUUUAUAUUUUAUAAGUAUUGUACCUAGCACCUACUUCUAUACUAAUUAUAUUGUUGAACCUUGAACCUUUGAGCGUAAUCAAUCAUAUUACGAUUUGUACGAAAGCCAAUGUGAAAAGCCAGAAGUGCAUUGUGAACUAAUAUUAAAUUUAUAGUCUAACUGUUACGGUUCCUUUAAAUUGUAUUUAUAUAAAAACAAUUAUUAACCCUUGAUAUUUUCGAGGCAUAUGAACAAAUGGUACGACAUUAGAGCCAUCAGACGACACACACAGACGAUAGAGAGAUCAGAGCAUUUAGGCAUGGCUAACACACCGGACACGUACUUAGCAUGUGUAUUUGUUGCAUUCGUUGAGUUGACUACCACAUGGAUAAUUUUAUGCUUAUUGAUUUAUUUAUUUAUCGCAUGGCAUUCGUUUACACUGCGUGGUUAUAAUUUAAAUUUACAGUUUGUGAAAUAAUCGAUAGCUUCUUCUGUUACAUUUUUGAGAUCUUCCAUUUGGCCUGCGAAUUUCGUUAGUGGGCAUUCCAUGACAAUGUGGCGUACAGUUUGCUCUGGCCAUCCGCAUUCACAGCUUUCGUUUUCCGUCCAGCCCCAUCUCUUCCGCAGUUGGUUACAGUGACCAACUCCCGUUCUCAGGUGGUUAUGCAUGCACCGGAUUGGGCGUUUUACUUUGAAACCAGGUCGACGGGAGUGUGGAUUCAGCUCGAACGGUUCAGGUGGGAUGCAUCUGGCUGACCAUUCUUUAACCGAGGCCUCGUUUGUGUUCCAAUUGGAGUGUGGUUGGUGUGCCUGUAAUGCCGGUGGGUUUCGUGACUUCAAUCUCGUUGAUUUGAACCUGGCUAGGUCCCUGUUGAUAGGCAGCUCGGGUCGUCUAAGCGCCUUUUCUAUCUCUGCGUAUAGAUGGUGGGUGCGGCGAAGGUGGAGUGGGGUAAUGCUGCUCAGAGCCGGAAGCCAGUGCAGAGGGGUUGGUUUUAAGCACCGCGUGAUUAGGCGCAUGGUGUGGUUUAGUUGCGUAUCGACUACAGUAUUAUUGAUUACCGCGACCAACACAAGAUCAACACCGGCGGGACUAACUCAUUGGUCCAUCGAUUCAAACUCGAUUGCAUUUCGCUUUUUCUUGUACUUCCCUGAGCCCAAACCCUGUGUGAUUUAAUUUAUAAUAAAUACGUUUUUACUCCUUCACGGAAAUCGUAUACAUUUGAACGAUUAGCAUUUAGUUGAACCCAGAGCGUUUCAAUACCAUUGAAACUUGGACAUUAUAUCUUAACGUGCAUGGUGGAAUUCAAGAUUUGAUGUCUAUGGAUUUCCUCUAACCACUGUGUCUGUUCCAGUAUCUACAUGCUCCCUUUUUUAAGAAUUAAUUUAUGAGCUAAACGCAAGUUUUGUCAGUCAAUGUCAUAGGCAAUCCGUGUUUCUAUUCUUAAAAUACGAUUCGAAGGCACGAGUUCGAGUUUAAUUGCCCUCAUAAAUGAUGUCCUUAGUGUUUUGAAAUGAUAAAGAAAUUUAAAAUUUUUGCAUACACGAUUAAGAAUGAACUUUAUGUCGGUAGUAUCUCGAUAUUUAUCUACCGAAUCAACGUAAUUGCAAAACAACUACCAAUGAAUUUAUUGUAAAAAUAAAAUUGUUGUACGUUCAAAUUCGUAUUUCAUAAGGACCUCGAAUGUCAAUAAGUUCGAGUUGAUCUUUUUUGUAAUCUUAUUUUUAAAUAAAUGCGAUCAACAGAAGUGAGAACACGCUCAACGAAUUAAAAAAAAA